GGCGCUCAGUCCGGAGCAACUCUUGCUGCCGGCUACCUGUUGAGGUGGGUUCACACAGGCGCUUCAUUUAUUCCUGCUCAUCCGAGCCCGGCCGGACCAGCCGAGCGCUGCCUGGCCCUGCGGGAGACGCGGCUCCCGAUCCUCCCUCGGAGCCGGGAGAAGUUUUCUGGGGAGAGGACCGGGAUUCCGGCUGCCCUGGGCGGGGAAGCACCUACAAGCCGAGGGAGGGAAGAACAGGCGGGGGCGAAUAAAGAGGGCGAGAAAACCCCACCUCCCCUUUCUCGGAGGAGACGUUCCCGGGGAGCCCAGUCUCCCGGAGCAGCGCGGGGGCGCGGAGACUCCGCGGCUGUGCGGGCGGGGCCGCAGCGGGCGGAGCGCUCCUGCUCCUGCUGCUGCUGCUCCUGCUGCUGGUGCUGCUGUUCCUGCUGUUCCUGCUGCUGUGGGGGCGGCGGGGCUCCGCUCCCGGCAGCGCACACUGCGCCUAGCGCGCCAGCACCUCCGCUCCGCCCCGGCCGGUGCCGGUGCCGGUGCUGGUGCCGGUGCUGGUGCUGGUGCUGUGGUAGGGCGGCUGCCCCCGGCUCGCCGCGCUCCGCGGUGCCGUGGAGCGGUGGCUCCGCGUUCAGCCCGAGGAAAGUUUGCCCGGCGCGCAAGGGGAAGGAUGGAGCCAGGAGAGCCCGCGGUGGCUCCGCUCAACCUGUCCCGAGCCGCGGCAGAGACGCCCCGCGGGGAGUUCAACCUGUCCGGGCUGCCGGAUGAUGAGGGGAAGCCCCUCUUCGGCAUCGGCAUCGAGAACUUCAUCACCUUGAUCGUCUUCGGUUUAAUCUUCACCCUGGGGGUGCUGGGCAACACCCUGGUGAUCACGGUGCUGGCGAGGAGCAAACCAGGCAAGCGCCGGAGCACCACCAACAUCUUCAUCCUCAACCUGAGCAUCGCCGACCUGGCCUACCUGCUCUUCUGCAUCCCCUUCCAGUCCACGGUCUACGUGCUCCCCACCUGGGUGCUGGGAGCCUUCAUCUGCAAGUUCAUCCACUACUUCUUCACCAUCUCCAUGCUGGUGAGCAUCUUCACGCUCUCGGCCAUGUCCGUGGACCGCUACGUGGCCAUCGUGCACUCGCGGCGCUCCUCGGCCCUGCGCGUUCCCCGCAAUGCCAUGCUGGGCGUGGGGCUCAUCUGGGCGCUCUCCUUCGCCAUGGCCUCGCCCGUGGCUCACCACCAGCGCAUCUUCCACCGCGAGACCAGCAACCAGACCUUCUGCUGGGAGUUCUGGCCCAACCCACGCCACAAGAAGGUCUACGUGAUCUGCACCUUCGUCUUCGGCUAUCUGCUCCCGCUGCUGCUCAUCUCCUUCUGCUAUGCCAAGGUUCUUAAUCAUCUGCAUAAGAAGUUGAGAAACAUGUCAAAGAAGUCAGAAGCAUCCAAGAAGAAGACAGCACAGACUGUGUUGGUGGUGGUGGUGGUUUUUGGCAUCUCCUGGCUGCCUCAUCACGUGAUCCAUCUCUGGGCUGAAUUUGGAGUUUUCCCACUGACUCAAGCCUCCUUUCUCUUCAGGGUAACUGCACACUGCCUGGCUUACAGCAAUUCUUCUGUGAACCCAAUCAUAUAUGCAUUUCUAUCUGAAAAUUUUAGGAAGGCCUACAAACAAGUCUUCAAGUGCCAGAUUGGUAAUGAGUCACUUCUGAAUGAUGCUAAGGAAAAUAAAAGUCGGAUAGAUACACCACCCUCUACCAAUUGUACCCACGUGUGAAUGCUGAGAAGCCCUGCAUGUUGGCUCUUCCUUUAUGUAAACUAAACACCAAGAAAAAAAAGCACAAUGAGCUUUAUCCUGGGUUUAUCUUGAUAAAGAUAAUUGGUAUUUAAUGUACUGAAGUUGCAUUUGUAACCAAAGUUGGUGAAACUCAUAUGAAAGAAACCUGGGCUGAUCCUUUGCAUCUUAGACAGCUUUGUCAAAUAAUGCUCUUGGACUUCCAUAGAUAUUUGUGAAAAAAAAAAGUUGAGAUGAUAUGUCUGUAUUCUUACUCACCAAGCAUACAAAAGUACAAGAUGUUGAUGUGGACAGGUAACUUUCUAACAUCUUACUCCAUGAAAGUGAAAAAUGGAUAACUUUCAUGUCCUAAUAAAUACUGGACUACUGUAAUUCCAAAGAGGAAAGCUUUUGUUCUCUCUUCAGAUUGUUUUAACAACGUUUUUUUUUUUCUUUUUACAGUAAACUUGAGCUCUGAUUUGGAGUUGGAAUGAGUUGUGUAAACCUUGAGGCAAUUACUUUAGAGAGGAGAUGCUAUUUCUAUCUGUUUAGCUGGUUUUAAUAUGCCUUACUGAGCAAGGAUGGAUUGGUUCUACACUUCAUGUGGCUGCCUUGCUGUACACACAGAACUUUAGUGUACACUAUAUAGGGUUUUUUAUAGCCUGUAUAUAGUUGUACCAAAAUGAGGAUUUGUGUCUAACUGAGAGAAGCUUUUCUUCAUGUGCUGCAUGUGCAUGUGUAUGUAUGUUUUCUUAAUUUCAUAGGCUUGGAGAUGGAGAUACAGUUUAAAACGUGCAAUGUAUACAUAUGCUUUAAAAUAUUAUGUUUCAUAAAGAAGCUCUAGACAGUGCUUGAGGAUAUAAAAGUAACAUUCCCCUAAAAUUUGUGGGUGGAGCUUGAAAUCAUGCAGUUUUAAACUGGAAAUAUAAAGAACAUUGCAUUUAAAUUAAUGCAAAGUACAGGAGGAAAUUGUACAAUUCUGCAAGUUCUUAAAUAAAAUUAGUAGUUUCUGCAAUUUUAUAAAUUUACUUAUAAUGUCUUUAGGUGAUAAACCACUAAAGAAAUAAUGGAAAAACAGUCCUAUAAAAACAUUCCUUUAGCUGAAGUAAGACAUCAAUUUACCCUUUUUUAUUAAUGACCCAUAGAGUCAUAGAGUCAAUAAAAUGAAAGGAACCCCUGAAAGGUUCCUCUCAAGGCAGGGAUGCCCUCAGAGUUGUGUCACUUCCUUGUCUAGGCAAAAUCUGAAAAUUUCUAAGGGUAGCAAUUCAACAAUAUUAAUGGAGCAACCUGUGCUAGUGCCUAAUCACCCUCACUAAAAUAUUUUUCCUUACCACAGCUG